GCGACGUCUAGCGUUGUCGUGUUCAGUGUGAAAAAAUAAUGUUUUCCGGAUCCGUACCACAAUCGUGUACGGAAAAGUGUUAACGAAAGUAGUAACAAACGUGAUCGAAUUCGGUGUAAAAGUAAAAAAAUAAUCGUGAUAAUGGACCAGGCACCUACAGAUACAGAGUUACGGAACAUCAUAGACAAACUGGCUCAGUUUGUGGCUCGCAAUGGACCGGAGUUUGAGCAGAUGACGAAAAACAAGCAGAAGGACAACCCAAAAUUUGGUUUCCUGUUCGGUGGAGAGCACUUCAACUACUAUCAAUACAAAGUGACUACAGAGCAAGCCAUUUUAAAGCAAAAAGGAAUAAAUCCAAUGCAAAAUGCAGACCCACGUUUAAACGUUUCGCAGCAGCAGCAGCAAACAGCCGCUACCGUCGCGCAGCCGCUGAAUAACGUCAAUCUUGCGCCUGGCCUAAAUACUCAGAACAAUGGAUUAAAUCCAGUUGUGGGAAUUGGACCAGUGGGAAAUCAAGGUGGUCCAGUUAUACCUGGAGUACUAGGACAAAUUGGAGGGCCAGGAAAUGCAGGACCACCAAUUGGACCAGUCCCUGGUGCUAUGGGAGGUGUGAAUCCAUCCAUUGGUGGUGUUACUCAGCCGGUUAACAUUGGCGGACCUCCUGGAUGGCUUCAAAAUGAGAUAGCGAAUCUUCAGUCACAGCAGACAACGCUACAGGAACAAGUUAGACAAUCAGAACAAAAUCUGGCUGCGCAACAUGCUGCAUUGAUGGCGCAACAACAAGGAAGGGUCGAGGAUGCUGUGAGACAAGCUCAAGAAACAGCCUUACAAAACAGUGCGCAAAGCACAAACACAGACCUUGCUGCAUUUGAUGCGGUAUUACAGCCUAUCAUUGAUAGUUGCACAAAAGAUAGCAUAAGUGCAGGGAAAGCCUGGAUACUUCAAAAUUCGAUAACUCCGCAAAGUAAUCAAGUCGUUGCGGAUCAUUUGCUGAAAAAAGUCAUUCAGGCAACCAAUUUUAGUCAUAAACUCCAUAUUAUCUACCUGGUUAACGAUGUCCUACAUCAUUGUGCAAGAAAAAAAUCUAUGGAUCUUCGCAAGGCAAUGGAAAGUGUUGUUGUUCCCAUGUUCUGUAACACUUCAUUAGCUGCAUCAGAAGAACAACUUAAUAAAUUAAAUAAGCUAUUAAGUUUAUGGGAAUCAAAAAAUAAUUACUUUGAUGAAGGAAUUAUAGAUAAAUUAAAACAGCCAAGCACAUCUUGGUCUGAAUAUCAGGCUAACUUGGUUGAACAACAUGCCAGCGCAAUUACACCAAUUACUACAUCAACGAAACAAACCUUUGAUAAUUAUCAAGCACAACAUCAAGCGUUUGUUACACAUGCUUUGAGACAAAUUCAAAAUAUUGAGCAACAAAAAAUCGCAAUUGAUCAACAAUUAAAAGCUCCUCCUCCGCCACCACCGCAACUGAACCAACAAAACAUGUCUCUGCCACCUAGUCAUUCCGGUCCUCCCGCUCCGAUAAGUACAGAUGUAAAUUUCAGUCAACCGCCACCUGGAUGGGGUGUACCACCCGGGAAUGAACCUCCACCGUUUUCAAAUGUACCAUUGCCAGAUUUUUCAAAACCACCGCCUGGAUUUGGCCCCCCACCUGUUAUACACGAACCCUCCGUUGAAGAUUUAAUGCCCAGUAUGCCGUAUUACGAACUUCCUGCUGGAUUGAUGGUACCUCUAAUCAAGUUAGAAGAUGCUGAGUAUAAACCUUUGGAUCCAGAAGCCAUUAGGCUUCCACCACCUGCUCCUCCAAGUGAACGAUUAGUAGCAGCUGUAGAAGCCUUCUAUGCGCCACCGAACCAUGAUUCUCCACGGGACAGCGAUGGGUGGGAAAAAUUAGGUUUAUACGAGUAUUAUAAAGCAAAGAAUGCCGCGCGCAAGCGUAAAGAAGAAGAUGUAGCAGCUGGUAUAAGACAAAAAUCAAAAUCGCCGUCACCAAUUCUAAGGCCAAGAUCCAAAAGUCCUAGUCCACCAAAGAAACGUUAUCGAAGUAAAUCGCGAAGUAGAUCACGCUCAAGAUCUAGAGGUAGAAGCAGAUCUAGAUCUCCUGCUGCUAAUCAUAGGCGUAACAGUCGAAACAGCAAUCAUAAUAACAGAAGCAGAAGAAGGAGAAAUAGCAACAAGGAUCGAAGUCCUGAUAGGAGAAUGGACAGGCAAGAUCGAAGUCCAACUCCACCCAGUUUCCUCGGAUCAACUUACAGUAAAGCUCCUCAAGAAAUUAGUCUCGAUGAGAGUAACAAAGGUCAUCAGUUGCUCAAAAAAAUGGGUUGGGGCGGUGCGGGACUUGGUGCCAAUGAACAGGGUAUUGAAGCUCCAAUAUCGGGGGGUGAAAUUAGGGAUAAAAACGAUCAAUAUAAAGGCGUCGGUAUUAAUUUAAAUGAUCCAUACGAGAACUUUAGAAAGAGUAAGGGACAAGCAUUCAUAACUAGAAUGAAAGCAAGAGCGGAGGAACGUGCCGAAGAAAGGGGUGAACGGGACUGAAUCUAAUCAGGAUAAAUUUAAUUUGUCUAUAAUAUUUUCGAUGAAAUAUAAUUAUCGCAUGCAGUAUGAAUUCGCAUGCUCUCACAACCGUAGUCGACACAAAUUUCCAACGAUCAAUGAUCUACAAUUCUACAAUGUAGUUGUGUAAUGAUUAUUUUAAUCUUUAUAUUUUUUUCAAUCUCUAUUAGGAUAAUCAACGUUUUAUAUCCAUUCUCUUAUUUCAUUGUAUAAACGUUUUACAAUAAUUGUUUAUUAUUGAAAUUGCAAAGUUACAACGUACAUUUAUACAUAUGUUAUAAAAUUGUAUAUUCUCGUUAUAAGUAACGAUCGAUUAUUUUAUAUUUUUAAUUCAAAGAAACGGAGAAAGUGCAUUGUCUGAAUAUUGUGUCGAUCAUUCGUGGGCGCAAAUCAUUUAACUGUAUAUUUCCAAUUGAAAAAAAUACUACGAGUAAAUGAUGAAAAAUAUGAACAAUUGUCUAUAAACUUAAUUACUUGUCAGUUUAUAAAUAAGACAAGGGUUACGAAAGUUUGCUGUUACACUUGCAGUGACUGUUUCAUAAUAAAUUCAAUUUUCAUGGUGCAUAAUGCGAAAAGAAAAAAUAUAAUUUUAUGCAUCUUUUGUGCAUUAUGUACAAAACUAUUCGAUUUUUGGCAAAGUUAUCGUUAAUAAUAAUAAAUGGUUUGUCUAUCGAUAAUUGGAAAUAUCUUGAUGAAAAUAAUAAUCAAGUACACCAAAAAGAUCGAUUAAUCAAUAUCGACCAAUCGCACGGUUUAUGUUCAUCGCGAACAUGACAUACAAGAUUACAUAUUGUGUAAUUGUAUUCCGCACGUCAAAAAGAAUUCAUUCUGUUUCCAUAUGAAACGAUAAUAAAUUAAUUCGCUGAAUGUCUAUAUAAGAGAAUAAGAGAAUAUCGUGCACUUAUCCGCACGUGAAAAAAAAAAUAUACAUAUAUGAAAUUAAAAAAGUACUUGUAUUUAGUAAGUUAAUAAAUGAUUAUAUUCGAUACAUAAGAUAAAAUCGAGGAAUAAGCAUUAUAUGUUUAAACAUAAUGGUAGAAGAAAAGAAUUGUAGAAAGAACGAGCGAAAGAGCGGAAAAAUGUUCUUAAUUAGAGUUAGCACGUCCUCGAGGCGUGCUAUUGACGUACAUUCGUACAAACUCUGCAGAAAAUCAUCGUAGAUGUUGUUAAAGAAAAUUAAUUUAAUCGGUUCAAAGAUAUUCCAGAAUAAUAAUGUUCUUAGACUUUUUAUACUGGUAGAUUUAUCGUCAGCUGUCACGUGCACGCGGAUUCAAAGAAAAAUAAAAAGAUCUCGAUAACUGGCUAGGAACAGCCGA